AUGACAAAAUUAAGACGGCCUACAGCAACCCGAACCAGUUUUCUACACAUCACUAGUGGUGGCUCAAACCAGUCACAAGAACAAACCCUAGAGCAAAGCAGACAACAAACCAGCCAACAGAUCUCAUCAACUCAGCCACACACCAAGCCAGAACAACAAUUCCGCAACACAGCAGACCUAGAAAGCCAAGAGGAAGAAGAAAUCGCAGCAGUAGAAGACAUUCAAAGAAGUGAGGAAACAGGCGAACCCCCUUCGAGCUUCAAAUCCUACUCAAAUUCAUUGCGAUCUCAGCAAGAAACACAGUCACUAUUUCAAAACAAACUAAGGAAUGAAGACCAUGAGAGUCGGACGGCUGAAACUGAGCAAACAGUCACUGUUGAGCUCCUUACGGCUAAAUAUCUUCUCGAAUCUCAUUCCACCACACUGGGAAUCCCUGGUAGUCCAGCAGAGACAAAGGGGUUCAGCAGCAUUACAGUUGAAGGACAGCACUAG